AUGGAGACUACUGCAGGAUUCCGAGGUGCUCGAGUACAUGAUUCGCAACAAGUUAGUAUGCAGUUCCAUAUAAUCAAAAAGUCUAAUGGGAUGCUAUCCUUUAUUAUGAAUGGAAUUGAAACAAAACUUUUAGGGUUGACCUCCCAUAUAGUUAAGAAUGCCUUUGUUUUACUUGCAGAAUAUGAAGCCAAGCAAUUGAUUGUGACUCUCUGUGAUAUUGCAAUCAAAUCAACUGAUAAGAACACGUGUACAAGAGCACUGUGGGUGAUUUCAAAACAGAAUUUUUGUACCGAAGUGAUUGAGAAGGAGGUUCAAAAUAUAGUUGCAGCAAUGGAAACAAUAUUAACUAGAGAUCAACAGUCAAUGGUUGUUGAACAUGAAGCCUUAAAUCUUAUGAUGAGGCUGGUAGAACAGGCGCCUGUUCAGAUGGGAGAAACUGCUGUUCGAUGGGCUAAGCUAAUACUUCCUCUUGUAGUUCAUUCAGCCCCCAAAGUGCGGUUACGGGCAGCAACAGCUCUAGAAAUGAGCCUACCACUUUUCCUUCAAAAACAGCACGAAGUUGCAGGCAUAAUUGAGCCCUUAAUGAUCUCAAAAAUGAUUCCAGAGCUACAGAAACUUUUCACAACAAAAAAUGAAACUUACGUGUUGAAAUUGUGGCCCCUCUUUGUGAAACUUCUGGGAAAGUCAUUGCACCGUGGAGGAAGUUUCAUUAAUUCCCUACUGCAUUUGGAGGAAUUGGGCUUUCGCAGUGGCUCUCCAGUUGUGAAGAAAAUAGCUUUCAUUGCUUGGAAAAGCUUAAUCGAUAAUUUUGCAUUGAAUUCUGAUAUACUUUGCAGUGCCAAGCGACUCCGGUUGCUCAUGCAGCCACUGAGUUCCAUUCACGUAAGAACGGAGAUUUUGGGCCUUGCCAAACUAGAGGUUUGGUGGUACUUGGCUCUUCGGCUAGGCCCACAGCUUUCUGCUAACUUUGAUCAGGUGUGUGUCCCGCUGCUACAGAAUGCAUUUGGUAUUGAUGGAACUGUGCAACCAUCAGGAACACCCUGUAGAACUGGAAUGGUAUCUCCUAAUACAACUCCAGCUUCUGCACAGAAAUCAGGCUUUCCUUCGCCAAGUCCAACAGUGCCAAGGUUUCAGUUGAAUUCUAGCCUCUCCGCUUUGCCUGUAAUGCAAGCGGUGCAACUUGUAGGAGUCGAAGUAUUACUUCAUUUCCUGGUGGGCCCUACGGUCACUGAUCUGGUUCAACAAAACAAGCUGCAGCUGAGUUUAGAUCCUCUGCAGCACCCAUUAAUUAAUAGCUGUUCGUUCUUUUGCAAGAAUGCUGGAACCUUUAUAACUGCUGUUAGAGAUGCAUUCCUUUCUGUUGGCAAGCUGGGUGAAGUAGAUGCCAUGCUUAAUCUUAUUUGGAAGCAUCUGAUCAGCUAUGUGAAAAAUGCUAUUGAGUCAGGUUCAAAGAAAGAACGACAGCCAUCAGAAAUAUUGACACUCCUGCUGCAAGCAUUACAGCAGAUAGCGAAUUCAAAUGCAAUCUCCGCACAGAAAGCCUUGGCCCUUAUAGAGGCAACUGUCAGUGGACUCCCUCAAAAGAUUUUAGGAUCACCAGCAUACCAGGUCGCCAACAUGGACCUUCUGAAUGGUACUCCUGCACUCUUCAUGAUCAUCCUACUCUUUCACAAUAAUUUACUGGAAGGUUGUGUGGUUGAAGAAAGGUUUUUUAUGACACUUGAGACACUUGUUGAAUAUGGACUGUCUGGACCCACAUGUUCAUUAGCAUUCAGUGAAUCAGUUUUAAAUGUUAUUAACCAAUCUGCAAUGCUGGUCACAGACAAGGAGCACCUUUGGCGAAUGUGGAGCAUUGUUGUUAACCCAUUGACCGAACGUGUGACCCAGACCAAUGAAGUAAAUCAAGGGGAUGCACUUGAGCAUAAUUUCGGUGCUAUGUACAUUGCGUUGAUGCUACCCAUAAAUCAUUUGUUUUCAAUGCAGAAUUUUCCACAGCCUACAAUGAAGUCACUACUGAGAACGUGGGCUGAGUUGUAUAAAACGUUUGCCCGCUGCGCAGCUCUCGUGGCAACAGCAGAAGCCAAUGUUUGCUGUGAGGAAUUAAGUGUCAAAAUCUUGUCAGCAUUGGAUGAUGCUACCUUAUCUAAUUCAUCUACAUUGGAUGCCAUUGUUCAUGUUCUGAAUGUGAUGGUCGACUGUGUUGAUUUCUCUCAGUUCUCAACAAAGUUUCAGCAAAAAUCAAGUACACCUCAUACCCCUACUCACUGGCUAACAAAAAAACAGGAACCUCUAGGAAAUCUAACGUCGCUGCUCAAACUUUUAGUGAAAAUCACAGAUGCUUUUCAUGAACUAAGUUCCAGUGAAUCUCAACUUGAAACACCAACAGCAGGAGUGGUAUCUAUUGGAGUUGGUAUUGUCAGCAUUCUGUCCAGUAUCUUCAAUCACUUAUGUGUGGCUUCAGCAAUUCAAGCAGUUUUAACCAACUUGGCAGGCUCCAUAUCAACCUUCUACGAAAGGACUUCAGGUCCAGUUAAUGGGACUUCAAAGGUGUACAACACUCACCUGUACAACAAGUUGGAGAAACUGUAUGCAGAAAUUCUUCUUUGCUUGCAAUCCCGUUACACAUCGUCCUUUGAUAGUGACUUCUUGGAACAAAUGUCAUCUCUGCUCAGUAUCACUUUUCUACAUAAGAACCGGCAGAUCAGGAACCAGACCACACAGUUUUGGAAUGCUACGUUUGCCAAAAGUACAUCGUUGCACUAUCCACAGCAAAUUAAGUCGGUCUUAAGUCGUGUCAGACAGAAGACACCCAUUCUAUUACCUGGCUUUGAGACCUUAGAGUUGACAGAAGAGUCAAGUGGGCCGUACUCUGAUUUGUCAGAACAUUCCCAAUUAGACACUAAAGUCAGUGGUGUGCAAGUUAAUUCAGUUGGAAAAAGAGAGUCAUUGCUUGCGAGAGCUGAGGAUCUGAGAGAGAAGAGUUUGCCUCAAACUCCAGCAAAAUUGAAGCUAGAUUUUUCUUCUCCCAAAAUGCUGCGACAAGAGCUACUGCUAGAGGAGGAGAAAUCAAUAGAUUUUGUGUUUAUACCACCUGAACCUAAGGAGCGAAUUUUGACAGAGCAUCAGAAAGAGGUGUUAUGGACAAAGAGGACUGACAUUCCUGCCAUGUACAAUAACUUAGAUGCAUCUCAGGAUUCUCACUUGUUUUCCCAGUACGCACAAUCUCAGGAGGAAAAUUUAGAUAAUCCUGCAAAGAAACUUGGAGAAGCAGCGGAAACAUCUGAAAACCUACCACAGGAUGAAAAUAUGGAAACCGAAAAUGAGCUUGAUACCCAGAUUGCCACUGAGGCAAAUAAGGAAAAUGAGUUGCCUGAUCAAGGAACUGACCAAGAAUGUGCUGAUCACAAGGGAAGUAGAACUGAACAAAUCAUUGAAGAUUCCAUAGAUGGUGUUUGCAGUGGCAAACAGGAGGAAGUGAUAAACAUGGUGACUGAAUCUAAAUCAAACUGCACUGGUCGUGCCCCUGAAUCAGGGGUCGGCAGUGCUGAUGUCAGUGGUAGUUCUGCCUCUUCUGACAUCAUCUCUGGAACGCCACAGAAAACCAGCAGCAGACGACAGUCAUUUAUUACCCUGGAGAAGUUUGAUUCCUCAACUACAUAUUGCUUCAGUAACUCGCCUUUGGUUAAAAUGGCACAAGCAGCUGCUGAGGUUUUCAUUCCUCAGCGGACCGAAGCAAUGGAGGUGGAAGUUGCAUCACCACCUGAGGUGAACAACGUUUGCCAGGAAGUCGAUUUGAGUACUACAAAAACCGGAUCAACAAAUGUCCAAAUCACUGGCAAACGCGGUAGACGUAGGCAAAGUAAAACUGAAAGGUCAACUGAAGAAAAACCAUCCAAGUACACUAAGGUGUCAAAAAAUACGAAGAGUUCCAAAGUUGAAUCAUCGGAUGCAAAAGAAAAUUCUUCAACUAAUAGUAGAGACCACCUUAAUAAAAGCAAAGCUGCAUGCUGCCGGGAUUCUGAGAGUCAGUCAAGUAAUAAACAGACAAAAAACAGUAUUUCUAAUGAAGUAAAUUCUGAAACGACUCCUGUGGGCUUGAAAGAGAGAACCUCAUCAGAAGAUGCUUCAAGCAUACAAGUUGAGAAUGAUUCUUCUAAAAUACUAAUACAAAAAAUGCUAAGGCGUUCUUCUAGGAAGCACUUUGAUGUGGCAAUGACUGAUCAGACAGACAGCAAGGAAAAAAGAGAUGAUAAACUUGGAAAAAAGUCACAAAACGAGGAUGAGGAGCAUCUUCAAAAUUCUUUCCCGCAUGAUGAGCUUUCCAAAGCAAAAGAAAAAGAUUCUAAAACUAAGUCAGCAACUGAGAAAAGCAGGACUUUAAAAAGUGAUUCUCAGGAGUCUGAUUCCACCAAAAAUACCCCAGAUCCUGCUGACCGAGUCCGCCCUCGCUACCAGACUCGUAGGGCAUCCCAAGGCUUGGCUGAAGCAGAGAACAGCUGCUCUGGCAUUACUGAAUUAGAGGGUUCUGAAGGCAAUCCAAAACUUCAGGAUAGUCAGAAGAAAAGAAGAAUAUCUAAAGGAAGAACAAAGACCAAAGAGCUGUCCCUCAAGAAUAGCAAGACCAAAGGUUUGAUGGAAAAUGAAACAACUGUAAAUAGUCAGGUAUACUCAAAAAAUGAAAAUGUAGAGGUGAAGUAUUUAGAAAAAGAAUUGGAGAUUGAAAAUCAGCAAGCAGAUAUAGUGAUGACCCAAGUGGAAGAUGCAGAAAAUCUUGAUGAAAUGAAUAGUUCACAGAUGUCUCCAGUGCCGCGUGCUUUCGUUGAAGAGCCAAACAUGGAAAAGGACACAAAAGCACACAGCAUAUCGCGUGACUCAAGAGAUCAACCUGAAACCAUUGAAUGUGUAAAAAGUCAGCUGGAUUUAGAACCAGGCAAAGCUGAAGAAGCCUCCACAAUUGUCCACGUUCCACCCUUGUCUUAUGAGACAGGGGUUUUAUCAACUGAUGAUUGUUCAAAUCUUUCAGAUAGACUGCUUUUAGUCAAGAAGAGCCUGCAGUCAGAUGAGUGCCAUGUGAGAAGUAAAAGGACCCGGAAAACUAAAAAUUGUGAUUGCUGCAAAGGCGUUUCACAACAUGGAAAAUUGCAAUUAGAAAGCAAAGAAAGUUUCACCAAACAAGAUCCACAAUCUGAUGAUCAAAAAGACCAUACCCUACAUCAGAGCCCUUCAAUGAAUUAUCCUUCUACAGAAGGACUAUUAGAAAGCCCCAGGUUCAAUGACACUGUAAAUGAUGGACCUUGUGCUUUCAGCACGCCUCUCUCUGGGAAUAGCAAAAUUCAGUUUUUUGGUGGUUCUCUUAGUACUGUUACAUCAGAGGUGGAUUUGACAGAAGAGAGAAAGGUCAUUCCAAGGAUUGAAACCUCUGCGGAGCGGCAAGCGGCAGAGGAGCCCUCUGCGGAGCGGCAAGCGGCAGAGGAGCCCUCUGCGGAACAGGAGGCAGUGAAUGAUUCCUCCAUGGAGCAGAAAGUGAUGGAAUCCUCCUCAGGCGCACAGGUGACAGAUGGCUCUUUAAUGGAGCAAAAUGCAGUACCAGAGUCGUCGUCCUCCAAGCAGGAAAUGAUCAGUUACUCUUCCACAGAGCAGAAAGUGGUGCAAGAGUCUUCAACAGAGCAGAAAGCAGAGGAAGCUUUCAAUUAUGGAGAGAAUGAACAAGUAGAAUCAAUGAAGGAAGAUGAUGGCACUGUUAAAUUAUCAAUGUUAGAAGGAGAACCAGUAUCCAAUGAUGCUUCUUUGAUAAAGGAUGAACCAUUAGAAAGCAAAGAAUCAGUAGCUGACUGUGAGUUGGAGCAACAUCAAUCGAGCGGGGCAAAUGUAACUGUUCCAGGUGAUGGAGUGACCACUAUACAGGCUGAAACAGACCACGUGGAAAGGACUAAUGUUUCAACCCCAUUUGACAAAAAGACUUUACAAGGUGGGCCAAUAAUUGCAGAGCAUUUUAAAGAUAGAGAGACUGUUGGAACUGAAGAGUCUUCUCCAGAGGUGGAGUUAACCACAGAAACUGAUGUCCAUAAUCCGAUGUCAGAGCAUCUUAUGGAAUCGCCGCAAAAGACUAAAAAUGAUGCCUCUUUUCUGGUUGGAUCAAUGCACAGUCCUUCUGAAAUGCAGGCAUGUUGUGUGUGGUCACCCACAGCAUCACCUUCUACAAGUAUUCUCAAGAAAGGAAUUAAACGCCCAUCUGAAAAUGAUUCUCCUUCUCCGAUGACUAAGAUUCGUCGUGUUUCGUUUGCAGAUCCAAUUCAGCGGGAAGGAUUGGCAGAUGACAUUGAUCGCCGUAGCCCAGUGGUGCGAUCCCAUUCCUCUUCUGGAAGUUCUCCUGGAUUAAAUUAUGCUGCCACAAAUGGUUGCAGCCAGCCCAAUAUUCAAUCCAAGUACAACACCACUCCAACGAAAGGUUUUCUGUCUCCAAGCGCACGCAGCUCUGGCUAUAAAAGUUCAAAGAAAUGUUUGAUCUCAGAGAUGAGCAAAGAGCCUGGGGCCUUGUCUACAGCUGGUGUGUAUCCAGCUCUGAUCAGCUGUUCUUUACCAAUUGAAACCAUUCUACCCCAGCUUGCUUCUAACAUGUGGGCCCGAGGUUUGGGGCAGCUUGUAAGAGCUAAAAACAUCAAGACAAUCGGUGACCUGAGUUCGCUUACAGCAGCUGAAAUUAAGUUGCUUCCGAUCCGUUCUCCAAAAGUCUUUGUUGUUAAAAAGGCUCUCAAAUCCUUCUACGAGCAGCAAAAAAAAUCCCUUGGUUUGGAUGAAGAUAAUGUGUUUGCAAAUGACAAGGCAGUAAAUGGAAUGAAGGACAGCAGUUACUCUAAUGGUGAUGAUGAGAAACUAGCAACAGAUUUAAUUGAAACUGGGCCAUCUGCUACCACUCCAUCCACAGCUCUGGUUUCUGAGGUAAACGCCCUUUCCGCUCGGUUUUUCUCUGAGAACUUGAAUGAACACUCUGGGAGUCAACUCUUCACAAUGCAUCAGCAACUGAGCAGCAUGAUGAACUGUAUAAUGGGAAACCUACAGUCUCGCUGGAGGUCACCGCCACGUGAAGCUGCUGACUGAUUUUUAAGUCACUUGGACUGGCAAAGUUCAAUCAAAAGAAUAGAGAUCAUUGAUUGCCUCAGCCUACUUCUCUCUCCCCAACGGGCUUAAUCUUUUCUUACUUUUUGAUAAUUUGCCACGUUCUUUCGGGUCAGUGUAAUUUUCCCCUUCAAUAACAUCCUGCUGCUGUGGCAUUUGAGGCUUUCCCUCUACCUUAGAGGAUUGAGAAUUUGAAUUGCAGUUUUGUCUGCUGCUCAAACCCAUCUAUCCUCUUAUGGAGGUGUUCUGGUAAAAUACAGCAGUAAGUGUUCUGGUCAGAUUGGGAGGAACAAUCCAGCAGUGUGCACUACCUGUUCUAGAGAAGCUGAUUUGUUACCAGCUGUGCCAAAACCAUGGGAGACUGUCUUCCAUGAAGGACAAAUGGUGGGAUGUUUUAUAUUUAAAGAAUGAGGUUGAAGGGAAUUUUGUUUAAAGAGAUUAAAAUUAAUUUUCUAAAACAAAAGUGCAACCAAAACUUCUAGUCUUAUUUUGGUGGAUUGCUUUACACAAAGGCAAAUAAGGUGCUGGUAACUGGAGAGAGUCUCGCUUCGUGAAAAUGAUCAUUUUUUUAAAAAACAGUAAGGCAGAAUCUAUGCAGGAAGAGGACUACACAUGGAGCUUUCAUUUGAGAGACUCAUUAGUGCUAUGUAAAUUGGUAAAACUAGUUUUUAAAAAAAUAAAAUUUUCUGUAAGAAAAUAAUUUUGUGAUGUUAAAUUAUAUCGUUUUACCAAAUGGAGUUUUGUUUUUGUCAGUGGAAUUUGCAGUGAAAUAUUGCUGCUAAUUCUGUAUCUCUGGCCAUUACUUGACCUUGUAGUGAUGUUUAUAGAUGCCAGAGUAAAUCAGUGCACAGAAAUGGAAUCAGAGCUGCACUUUUUUUAAUUAAACCUGUGCUUGCGCUCACCAUGAUAUUCACUCUUGUACAAAUAAAAGGAAUUGAAAUUU